GGCGGCUCUGUGACCAUAUUUAAAGCCUUCUACUUCCCAUUUGUAAUUAAAGACUCAUAUCAGGAAGUKUGUGUUUUUAUCAAGACGGGGAUACUUUACCAAACUGUUGGAAAAGAGUGCCGACGAACUGGUCUGAGCCUCGCCAAACACACCUGUGUGAGGAUCAAUUCUAACUUGACCCACAAGAGAGAAGGAGGGGAGGAAAAAAAGAGGGGCAGAAAACACUCAAAACGGAGUAGUCUGGAAGGAGUCUGGACAGGAUUUUCUCUGAGCAGCCUACUUUCUGAGCUUGGUGGUUCAGUGGCGUUCUACACAUGAUCAACUAGAGCUCCGUCUCUGACCGCAGCGUGAUCUCUCUCUCCUCUUUAACCAAACCACGCCCACAGGUGAAGUGUGUAUGGAGCAGUGUGAGAACGCAGCAGCUCUGCUGGAGUCGGUCAGGGAGCAGGAGGUGCAGUUUGAACAGCUGACCCGGGCCCUGGAGGAGGAGAGGAGGAGAGUUGGCCUCCCUGCCACCAGCCCCUCGGCCCUGGGUCGCCCCCUCCCUCACAUGCAGAACGGGCGUUUAGGGGAUGCAGACAUAGAGCGUCUGAAACUGACAGACUCAUACAUGAACGGCACACAGUACAGAAUGGUGGAUCCUGCACACGGCGCUCUAGAUGAGAGCUAUACCCCGGAGGACGAUUCCCAGGAAGCACACUCUGUUUUUUCUGAAGAGGGAACCACCCGGCGGACAGAAAAUGGGAUGAAGAAACCCRUCUCGCGCACAGUCAUGCCCUCUCUGACGUUGUCCAUCGACGGGGGCUUGUCGCCGGCUAUGGGUGUCUACAGCGCCACACUGGACCGUCCUUACAGGCCGGCUGUUUCAAGCGACUACCCCACCGCUACAGUUCCCAGAAACUAUCACUACGCUCCUGUGGGAGGAUACGAUGAAUACCAGGGAGGGCCCCCAUCAGAGGCAUACACCAGUCUGAGCCGGGGCUCACACAUGGAUGAACGUUACAGGCCAGUUGAUGGCUACAGAACUCUGGACUCUGGGUACCGGGCGCCCAGCCGUCAGCUGGACCCGUACGCCGCUCAGCCCCAGAUGAGUCGGGGAAUGAGGGCGUUGGGCUCGGCGUUGGAGAUGAGAUACGGUCCUGGCCAUUUUGGUCUGGAGGAAGAUCAGCGCAGCGUGACGUAUGACGAGUACGGCAUGGGGCCUCCACCUAUGCACCCCGGGGGCUACGGUACCAUGCCACGGCUCGGGGCGGGCCCGGGGGGGAUGGACCGACGCAGACUCAGGAGCUGUGAGAACACUUUAGAUGGAGGCGUCGACCCUUACGCGUGGGCCGUUCCCAUGACCAUGGACAGGGGCAGCAUGGCUUCGCUGGACAGCACAUUAAGGAAGGCCCCUCCCACUUCAUGGAGACAGCCAGAACUGCCAGAGGUGAUCGCCAUGUUGAACUACCGUCUGGAUCCCGUCAAGAUGAACGCAGCCGCUUUCCUCCAGCAUCUGACGUUCAAAAACGACAAGGUGAAGUCCGAGGUGCGUCGCCUGAAGGGCAUUCCGGCCUUGGUGUCGAUGUUGGACCAUCCCAGCAAAGAGGUCCAUCAUUCAGCCUGYGGAGCACUGAAGAACAUUUCCUACGGACGAGACCCAGACAACAAGAUCGCUAUCAAAAACUGCGAUGGAGUACCAGCUCUGGUCAGGCUACUGAGGAAAACCCACGACCAGGAUCUGACUGACACCAUCACAGGCACCUUGUGGAACCUCUCCUCUCACGAUUCGGUAAAGAUGGAGAUCGUGGACCACGCUCUUCACGCUCUGGCUGAUGAGGUUGUGGUUCCUCACUCGGGCUGGGAGAAGGGCACCAGCGGGGGCGAGGAAAGCAUAAAACCACGACAUCUAGAGUGGGAGGUCUCUUUGACCAACACUGCCGGCUGCCUUAGAAAUGUGAGUUCAGAACGGAGUGAGGCGAGGCGAAAGCUGCGAGAAUGCUCAGGAUUGGUGGACGCACUGAUGUACAUCGUUCAGUCUCAGAUUAACCGCAAAGAUGUGGAUAAUAAGUUGGUGGAGAACUGCGUCUGCCUCCUGAGGAACCUGUCGUAUCAGGUUCACCGUGAAGUCCCUGGCUGUGAACGCUACGCAGAGGCAGCGCCUCUCAACCAGGGCCCGACCCAAGCCCACAAAGGAGGCUGCUUUGGCUCUCGAAAGGGCAAAGAUGAAUGGUUUUCCAAAGGAAAGAAAGAUGGAGAUGAUGGAAGCGUUGAUCAAAUUGAUAUUCCAAAGAGAACAACACCUGCCAAAGGUUAUGAGCUGCUGUUCCAGCCGGAGGUGGUUCGCGUUUACACGUCGCUGCUCAAAGAAAGCAAGAACCCCUCGGUGCUGGAGGCUGCUGCCGGUGCCAUCCAGAACCUGUGUGCAGGCCGAUGGACCUACGGUAAGUACAUCAGGGGCAUGGUGCGUCUGGAGAAGGGUCUCCCCAUGAUGACAGAACUGCUCAGUCAUAAUAACGAUCGUGUGGUUCGGGCCAUGUCUGGAGCCUUGAGGAACCUCGCCAUCGACUCCAGAAACUGCGACCUGUUAGGUUUGCAUGCUGUGCCUCACCUCGUGGCCAACCUGCCUGGGGGCCAGAACCAGUCUGGGCGCCCUCUAUCAGAGGAAACGGUGGUGUCUGUGCUGAGCACGCUCACUGAGGUGCUGGGCAGUAAUCUGGAGGCAGCAAAGACUCUCAGAGCUUCACAAGGCAUCGAGAGGCUGGUGCUUAUCAGCAAAGAUGGCAAGCGCUCAGAUCGUGAGGUGCGAGGAGCWGGUCAGGUUCUGCAGCUCAUUUGGGCUCACAAAGAGCUGCGUCGGCCUCUAGAGAAAGACGGCUGGAAGAAGUCGGACUUCCUGGUCAACCUCAACCCCGGCGGCGGCACCACCAACGGCCCGAGCUCCAGAGUCAACGGCGCCUAUGAGGACAGCACCACGCCGCUGCUGGACAGAGGGGAAAAGAGGGAUGUGAUUCCACUGAAUGACCUUGGCCCUGACGCCUACACUACACUGGACCAGAGGGAGAGGAGACACACUUUCGAUGAUGCCGCAGACACUUUACAGCGAGGGGUGUAUGGGGGCAGAAAGGGCUCCCUGCCUCUGUUGGACUCCUACGAUGGUUAGCCCUCCCCCCUCCCCUCUACCCCCCUCUGCAUGUAACAGCAUGAAAAACUGAUCGUUUGCAUCACCCAGACUGGGCCUCCGCCGCCACCCUACCACUGCUACUGAGGAGAGAAGACUCUGACGCAGACUGUUCCCUUUCUUCCUCCUCCUAUAUAUUUUUUUACCCUCCUCUCUUUUUCACCACACAGACGGGAAUCAAAAGCACGAGGGUUGGCUUCCAAAGAACGUGGCCGUGUUGCAAGCAAAGAGUCUCAGUGCAACACGCAUGUACACACACUCUUACUUCAUGUAGCAGUAGAGAUGAAUUCAGUUUUACAAAUUAUAAUUGUCUUUAAGGCAAUCACCUUUGUUGACAAUCAUUUAACUCUUCAGUCAGCCUUUUUUUUCCUGUGCUACUGUCAAACCUUUUCAUGGUCAAAAAGUUGCUGCCAACACCUUCAUCCUGACAGAUUUGUAUUUAGACGUCUAUGUAGGGUAUAAAGUGUGUAAAUAUAUAUUAAAAAAAGGGAUGGCUGCAUUAGUUUUGGUUUGUUUUAAUUUAAACGGUUCCUUCCCGGUGGACAUUGGGACGUUGGACGCACCGACAGGCUGCCCUGUAGAUGGAGAUUGUUUUAUAUAGGAGGUAUUUUCCUGUCUAGAGUUAUUUUCUGUGGGAUGAGCACAGACCUGAAAAGGCACAUGUGUGUGUGUGUAUAUUUGUCAAAAGCUAAACCUGUGGCUGUGUGUUUUCUGUGUUUAAAAAAGAAUAUGGACCUUUUUUUUAUUUUAUUUUUCCCCCCUUAUAUAUAUAUAUUUUUUGAGCGUGUCAUUGCCUGCACAGACCAGACACAAAUUGUUUCAUAUGACUGCUUGUCCUGUUACACUAUUUUUUUUUAUAAUUAUUAUUGUUUCAUGUUCCUGCUGCCUGUUUUUGUGCGUUUUUGACUUUAUAGUUUUUUUUCUCCCCAGUUUGAAAAAAAAAAAAAAAGAAAUGGUUCAGCUGCUUUUUGUUUUUCUUAUUUUCCAGUUUGGAUUUAGCAGAUCUGUUCAGUACGUGUCGUCAAACUGGUACUGAGAGGGGAAGCUGUGAGCACACACUACUACAUUCAAACCACUAUAAUUUAAUCAUUCCUGAGUUUUUUGUUGUUUUUUUUUUUUUUACUGUAAAACAUGCCGUUCUGUUUGGAAAAAAAUUGGAGUAAUCAUCCUCUGAAAGCUUGCAAGACACUAAUUUGGGAGCUUCUUCACUCAAAGGAGACUGGUUUUUGCUGACUGAUUUGAGGGAGUUGACAUUUUUUUUUAAUUUCAUUCUCAUUUUAUCAGAUUCAUUUUACACUUUUCCUCUAAGUCUUUGUUUUUCCAGGGAUUUGUAUGUGGGUGAGAGCAUUAUGCAAUUUGUUCUACUUUUUGUUUCAUCUUUUACAGCCGUGCUUUUAAAGAUGAAAGCGACGAAUCAUCUUUAUUUUAUUCUGGAUCUUUUCACACAGUUUAUUUGUACUGUCGCCUAACCAUGUAAGAUUAUGAUGUUACCAUUCACACCUGCCUUGGCUCUGAGCAGUUGCUUUUUUCAGUGACGUAUGUAACUGGUUAUACUGUUUUUAUAAAUAAAGAUCUUUUCUUAGACAA